AUGCCAUACAUAAACAUCACUGAUAAUGAUGGGAUAAGAUAAAGUUAGAAAAAUCAACUAAACAAAAAUACUAGUACAUUCUCUGUUCAGCAGUGGAUGCUGACUACUGGUCAGUGGUCAGUCCAUGUGAGUCAUGUUGAGAAGCUUGCUGCUGUCCUGCAUCUCUCUGCCUUGGGUCCUGGGCCUGUCCGAACCCCAGGACCUCUCUCACAGCUAUGACAACUCCACCCUCUACUGGGCGUUCAGCACACACCGUUUACCUUCACCAAAGUGGUCACUGCCCCCCUGGAUCAGUGGUACGCUGUCAACGAGUUCCAGACCGCAGAGCACUGUGGCACCCACCUCGACGCUCCGUACCACUUCAACUACAAUGGCUGGCAGGUGGGCGACAUUCCUCUUCACCGACUCAUCGGCAGAGCUGUGAUGGUGGACUUGAGACAGAAGGCAAGUAAUGACUCAGACUACCAGGCGAGUGUAGAGGACUUUGAAGAGUGGGAGGAGCAGCACGGCCCAAUACCAGAGGGAGCUGUGGUCAUCAUGGACUUCGGUUGGGCCAGCAAGUACAAGAAUGCGACCGAGUACUUUGGUACUCCCUUCACCAACAAUACAGAACUAUACCACUUCCCUGGACUUUCUGGAGCUGGAGCGCAGUGGUUGGCAGAGACAGGCAAGGUGUUUGGUGUGGGGACAGACACUGCCUCCAUCGACUACGGCCAGACUAAGGACUUCAAGGCCCACAAAGUGCUCUCAGCACACAACAUCUACAACCUGGAGCACUUGGCCCUGCCCCCCACCCCUCUACCCCCCUCCGGCUACCAGUUACUGUCCUUACCCAUCAAGAUCCGUCACGGCACUGGGGGACCUGUCAGAGUCGUGGCACUACCCUAUGCAGCGUCUUCCGCCACGCUCACCUCGCCAUUGGUUACACUCAUCUACUUCUGUACAGCCUGUCUUUUAUUAUUUGUAAAACAUUAAAAAUAAAGAUUUGUUAUAUUACUGGA